GUGACGGCAAGACCACGGGUGCUGAUGGGGAUGGGUGCCACCGAUUCGCUCGUUUCUGACUCCAGCAUGAGGUGUGUGUGGCGGGUCCUGCUGCUCUCCACACUGCUCGCUGCCCUCCUGGUUGAAUGUACUGGGAGCCAACACCAGCCCUACCACCGUCAUCGGCACCGUCACCACCACCGACAGAGGAUCCCCAUCAGAGAUGACCUCUACGACUCAUGGGGGACCAACACCCGGGACAAACGUCAAUGGGACCCUGAAGACAACGAGAUAGAGAGCGGCUCCUGGGGCGACUGGUCAGGGCCUUCCCCUUGUUCCAGGUCUUGUGGUGGUGGCGUUACCUACCGCUCCAGAUCCUGCACGUCUAAAAACCCUCAAGACUGCACCGGGAAGUCCAAGAAAUAUGAGUCAUGCAACGUGGAUCCAUGUCCAGAAGGCUCCAAGGAUUUCCGUGCUGAGCAGUGCCAGAGAUACAACAGUGUCCCCUUUGAGGGCAAGUAUUACAGUUGGGUGCCUUACCUGGAUGAUCCUCAGAGGUGUGAACUCAACUGUCAGCCAGAGGGACAGAGCUGGGUUCCACAUCUUAAAGCUCCACGAAAAUGUGAAUUAAACUGUCAACCUGAGGGGGAAAGAUUUUACUAUCGUCAUGCACUCAAGGUUGUGGAUGGAACACGCUGUGACAGUGAAAGUCGAGACAUCUGUGUUGAUGGCAAGUGUAUGCAAGUUGGAUGUGACCAUAUUUUGGGUUCGUCAGCACAGGAAGACAAUUGCCGAGUAUGUGGUGGUGACGGGUCUACCUGUAACACAAUCACAGGAGAUUUUAUGCAGAAAACACUGACUGUUGGCUAUAAUGAUAUUGUACUUAUACCAGCUGGUGCCACCAAUAUUUAUGUUGAAGAAGUAAAGGCCUCUAACAACUACUUAGCUGUUAGAAACAUGACUGGUUUCUUUUACCUCAAUGGGAAUUGGAGGAUUGACUUCCCAAGAGCAAGGAACUUUUGUGGUACUACCUUCCACUAUGAGAGGAAAGCUGAUGGUGUAGGAAUCUUUGCUCCUGAGGUCUUACGAGCCAAAGGACCUACAACAGAACCCUUGUUCAUAGUGAUUUUAUAUCAAGAGAGUAACCCAGGGAUCACAUACGAGUACAGUGUUCCCAAGGAGGUAACACAAUCUGAAGCAGAAACUUAUGAUUGGCUCUUUGGAACAUAUGGAGAGUGUUCUGUGGAAUGUGGUGGUGGUCACAUGACACGAAAUGUAACUUGUGCAAGAACAAGUGACUUCCAGGCAGUUGCUGAAUACCUGUGUGAUCCACGACUUGAGCCUGUUUCAAACAAAACAUGUAAUGAUCAUCCAUGUCAAGCAAGCUGGCAAUUUGAGGAGUGGACACCUUGCACGAGUUCAUGUGGAACUGCUGGGUGGCAAUUCCGUCAUCUGUACUGUGGCCAGAAAUUUGCAGAGGGACGGCUAUCUAUUGUAAAUGAUUCAGUAUGUAAUGCCCUCCAUGGACCAAAGCCUCAGACUGUAAGAGAAUGCAACAAAGAUUCUGUAUGUGCAUCUUGGCAUGUAGGAGAGUGGACACCAUGCAACAAGUUAUGUGGUGUUGGCCAUCAGUUCCGGAAAGUUAGAUGCCAUGUGAGAUCUGGCAGUGAUAUCAAAGUCUUAGAUGACACUGUCUGUUCAGAAGAGAAACCUGAAAAAGAGAAGCCCUGUGAAGGUAUUCCAUGCAGCGGUGUUGACUGGGUAGCUUCUGACUGGACAGGGUGUGGCAACAGCUGCAGUCAGGAGAAGGAAACACGGUCAGCAUUGUGUGUAAGCCAGAAGGGUAAAGUAGUGAAAAAAGAGUUUUGUUCAGCUGCACGCAUGCCACCAACCAGCCGUAAUUGUACUGAUGCUACAGAAUGUGAAUUCCGCUGGUAUGCUUCAGAUUGGAGUGUGUGCUCUAAUGAUUGUGGCGAGGGCAUUAAGACUCGACAUGUGUUAUGUGGUAUGUGGAAAAACAACGUUUUGACUCCUGUACCUGAAGUCAACUGUGAUGCUGAGAAACGCUUCAAUGACACUGAACCAUGUAAUGGGACAGAGACCUGCAAGGGCACCUGGUUCACAGGACCUUGGAGUCGAUGUAAUAGGGAGUGUGGUGGUGGUAACAAGCAUCGCAAGAUUCUCUGUUAUGUGGGCAAUAAGCAAGCAACUGCAAUACAGUGUGAUGGCAACAUCAUUCCUUAUUCCAUUGACUCCUGCAACAACAACCCUUGUGGGGAUGAUGAGGUUCUGGGUAUGGGAAGCCGUGUUGAUGUAGAGAGUGAAGAUGACUCCUGGUGUGAUGGAGAUGAAGCUAAGGAGGAAUCUGGAGAUGGCAUGGAUGCUUCGGGUGACACACCAAAGGAUACAUCCUCUGGGGAGGCAGAUUCUGGGAGUGAAAUGCUUGAGGAAACGUCAGCUGAAGAUGUUGGUGAUGAUGCAGGCUCUGGAGAGGAAGAAACUGGAGGAUCAGAUGAAAGUAAAUCUGAAAGUGAAUCAGAUGAAAGUGGAUCUUAUGAAAUCAAAUUAGAUGAUCUGUCAAGUGAAGAAAUAUCCUCAACUGGGGAUCAAGGAAAUGGAUCUUCAGAGGCUGUCUUAAGUGAUAAAACUUUUUUAACAAACCGUGAAAAGCGGUCACAUUUGGAGGUAACACUAAGGGAUGAAAGUUCUGAAGAAGGCUCAGGCUUUGGGCCCUCUGGCUGGGGCUCAGGACUCUCUGGUAUAUUCCCAUCUGGCCUCUUAAGGCCUGAUGGAGAAAUUACAAGUGGAGAGCUAGACAUUGCUGUUGCUACAGAACACAAGACAGCAAAGAAACCAAAAUCAAAGCCAGAUUCAAAGAAAAAGAAAGAAGCAAAGAAGCCUGCUAAGUGUAAGACCAAGCCUAAACCAGAGAAGAAGGAUUGCCAGGACACAGAGUUUGGUUGUUGUCAAGACAAUGUCACUCCUGCCAGUGGUCCCUUCCAAAAAGGCUGCCUACGCAUUGAGACUUGUAAGGACACGACCCAUGGCUGUUGCCCAGAUGAUGUAACACCAGCUCAAGGCAUUGACAUGAAGGGCUGUCCAGGCAUCUCUCUCUGUGAGAACUCCCUGUUUGGUUGUUGCCAAGAUGGAACCACAGAGGCCAGUGGUCCACAUGGGGAGGGCUGUGAGGACCUCAUGUCUUUUAACUGUGAAGAGACUAGUUUUGGUUGCUGUCCUGAUGGUGUGUCUCCUGCUACUGGUGAAAACUUUGCUGGGUGCAUAGACUAUGAGUGUGAAGGGUCUGGACCUUGUGAAUCAUGUAAUGACACCAAACAUGGGUGUUGUCCUGAUGGUAUUACAGCAGCCCUGGGCCCAGACUUUGAAGGCUGUCCUGAUGAUUCUGUUGAAGAAAUUGAGGAACUUACAACAGAAGCAGCUACACCAGCAACUGUAACAGUAACAACUUCACCAACAACAACAACAGAACUUCCUCCUGACUGUGUUUACUCGUCAUUUGGUUGCUGCCCAGAUAAUUUUACUUCUGCACAUGGAGAAAAUAUGGAAGGAUGUUGCUUGUCGUCAGCAUUUGGUUGUUGUCCAGAUCACAUUACAGAUGCCAAGGGACCACAUUUGCAAGGCUGUGGCUGUGAAUACAGUGCAUUUGGCUGCUGUCCGGACAAUGAAACAGUGGCACGAGGAAAAGACGAUGCUGGAUGUGGAUGUCAGUAUACUGAAUAUGGUUGUUGCCCUGACGACCACACUCCUGCAGCUGGGGAGGACUACAGUGGGUGCCCAUGUAAUACAUACCCCUAUGGCUGUUGCCCAGAUGGUGUGAGUAUCGCACGAGGAUUGAAUGCAGUAGGUUGUGGGUGUGAAUACGGAGAAUUUGGGUGUUGUGAGGAUGGACGCACACCUGCCACUGGUCCUGGGAAGGAAGGGUGUGGCUGUGAAGCAUCAGAGUUUGGCUGUUGUCCAGAUGGUGUCACACCUGCAACUGGUAAAUUCUUUGAUGGCUGCCAGGAUGAAGCUCCUGUUAUACCUGGAGAGGUGUGUGGCUACGAAAAAGAUCGAGGUCCUUGUGCAGACUACAUCGUAAAGUGGUAUUUUGACAUGGAGUAUGGCGGCUGUACUCGCUUCUGGUAUGGUGGAUGUGAUGGCAACCUUAACAAGUUUGAAACACAGAAUGAGUGCAUAGCUGCUUGUGUUGAACCUGAAGGAAUGGAGUCUUGCCAUCUUCCUCUUGUGGAAGGUCCUUGUACUGGCUCUGUCCCAUCUUGGUAUCAUGACUCCGCAAGUGGAAGCUGUAAACCGUUUGUAUAUGGAGGAUGCUUGGGUAACAAUAACCGCUAUGGCUCCAAGGAAGAGUGUGAAGAAAUGUGCGUCAUCCCAGAAAAAACAGACGUUUGUCUACUGGAGGUGAUGCCUGGUCCCUGCCGUGGAAACUACACCAGAUGGUUCUAUGAUCAGACUCUGGGAAUCUGCAGCCAAUUUGCAUUUGGUGGCUGCAAAGGAAAUGGAAACAACUUCCUCACAGAGAAUGAGUGCAUGCAGAGCUGUAUCCGGGGUCGCUCCAAAGGCCUGUGCACCCUGCCCAAGGCUUCAGGGCUCUGUGAAGAAACUCUUCCCCGUUGGUACUAUGAUUACUCCGAGACCAGAUGCAUGCCUUUCUAUUACACUGGUUGUGAUGGAAAUUCGAACAGGUUUAUUACACGCGGGGAAUGUGAGGCUACAUGUCCAGGGGACAUAACAGAACCAGAGGAGGAUGUUUGCUCUCUUCCCAGUUCUACUGGUGACUGCAACAACUUUGAAGAGCGUUGGUUCUUUGAUUUAUCUGAAAACCAAUGCAAGUCCUUUGUGUAUGGUGGGUGUGGAGGCAAUAACAACAACUUUGCCUCUUAUGAAUUCUGUGAAAAGCGUUGUGGAAGUAAAAAGGAGAUUGCACUUGAAAAGGAAUUUAAUACUGAAUAUUGUUUCUUAAAACAUCAGCAAGGAACUUGUAGAGACUUACAAGCUUAUUGGCAUUAUGCUAGUGAAGAUGGUGUCUGCAAACAGUUCUUAUAUGGAGGCUGUGAAGGGAACGAAAACCGUUUCUCAACACGACAGGAAUGUGAAGGAAAAUGUAGUGAAGCUCAAGAUGUUUGCGGCCUUCCCAUGGUUGUCGGUCCGUGCAAUGGAAGUUACAAACAGUACUAUUAUGAAGUGUCCACAGAUGAAUGUUAUGAAUUUGAUUUUGGAGGGUGCCUAGGAAACAAAAACAGAUUUGAUACAGUGCGCCUUUGCCAGCAGAGGUGUAAGAAGAAUCAAGCGGUACUAACCACAGCAUAUCCUGAUACCUACCCAGAGGUAGAUGAACUGGUAGUUGAAGAACCUUGUAAACAACCAGUGGACCCUGGACCAUGUAGAGCAGCCAUUCCAUCCUGGUACUUUGACCCUGAACAAGAACGCUGCAUUGGCUUCUCAUAUGGAGGCUGUGAAGGCAAUGCCAAUAGAUUCCAGUCUGUUGAGUUUUGUGAGCGCCAGUGUGGCAAGUACCGUCGUGAAGAUGUGUGUAAGAUGCCACAAAAUUCAGGACCUUGUGAUGGAUCAUUUCGUAAAUGGUACCAUGACCCCUAUGUGCGUCGAUGUAAGCCUUUCUUGUACAGUGGCUGUGAAGGAAAUGGGAACCGCUUCUCUACAGAGAAUGAGUGUGAGGCAGAAUGUAUCUACCAUGAUACAAUUCCGCUUUUUGGCAAUAACACCCAAGAAGCUAAGAUCAUGAUAUGUGAAAUGGAUGCAGAUGCUGGGCUAUGUACAGAAGGCUACAAGCGGUGGCAUUUCAGCAAAGAGCAGGGCUCUUGUAUUGCAUUUAGGUAUGGCGGGUGUGGUGGAAAUCGAAAUCGCUUUAAGCAAUUUAAUGCUUGCACCAAGUUCUGUGCUACUGCCAUCGAAAAAUACCAUGGAUUUGGGUCUACAACUACUGACCCACUGUCAACCCAGUCAGAGCCAUCAGGCUUCACACAACCUGAUCAGUGUAAGGACUCAAUAAUUGCCUGCCAGCUACUUCAGUGUCCAUAUGGAAUACAAGAGAGAGUGGAUCAUGAUGGAUGUAAUAGCUGCUCAUGCUAUGAUCCAUGUGACCAGAUUGCAUGCAGUAAUGGUACACAAUGUGCAAUAGAUCUUCUUCCAUCUGAAAAGAGCUCUGAGAGCACUCCUUAUGUGGCUGUCUGUAGAAAAAUUAAUAAACUUGGCCAAUGUCCAAAAACAAGUGGCAGAACAUACCAAUGUGAAAAUGACUGUGAAAAUGAUGCAGGCUGCUAUGGGGAUCAUAAAUGUUGUUAUAAUGGGUGUGGCUACUCAUGUGUUGCUCCUGUACGAGAGGACCAGGAACCUGCCUACUCCCCUCCUCCUGUACUCACCACAGUUCCAGCAGGUCAAGCGCCUCGCAUCAUACAGUUCGAUUCUGAAGUUCGCAGUGAAGAGAAUGACGUAGCUCUGUUGAAGUGUGUAGCUCAAGGUUCCCCAGCACCAACAAUCAUUUGGUACCGCGGGUCCUACGCGGUUGACAGGGAGGGUCAGUCUAGUAGAACUCGAGUACUUCCUGAUGGAUCACUGCAGAUUGUUAACACAGAGCGUGGUGAUUCUGGCCAGUAUACCUGUGAAGCUUCUAAUGGUAUUGGUAGGCCUGCAACCAGGACCACUCAAUUGACAAUUACUGAUCCAAAACCACGAGAGUCUGCUGUAGUGCCUUGGAAUGAAGAAUCUCCAGUGGUGUCGCUUGGCAAUCCAACUGUGCUCUAUUGCCGAGCCAUUGGUUGGCCGAAACCUUCAUUUACCUGGUGGCGGGGCAGAAAGAUGUUACCACUCUCCUCUCAACAAUACGAACAAUUCCGAGAUGGGUCUUUGACUAUCCGUGUGGUCAGCCUCAGGAACCUUGGUCCAUACACAUGUCAAGUAUACAACGGUCAAGGUCGAGCCACUUCACAAAAUAUUGAAUUGCGAGCUCUUGGACCAGUCUAUAACACCAUCAGCACUGACAGUGAAUACCUAAAAUAUAUAGUUGACCCACCCAAAGCUCCGCCCACCACACAAUCCCCUCCAUUUACCUCCCCUGCCACUCAAUUCCCUGCUGUACGACCUGAUGAGCGACCUUACUGGCCUCCAUACCAACCUCCAUCAAUUCAAAAAGCCACUACUACCCCUCGGCCAACCACUAGACUAUACAUAGUUCCACUUCGAGCAAUAAUCCGUCUAAACGCAACGGAGUUUACGCCUUAUUCAACUAUACGUGUGCCGUGUGAAGUCAAAGGCUACCCACACCCAGUGACAACGUGGUUUAAAGGAGAAUACCCUAUAGAAGAAGGCUCUGAAAAAUAUGUGAUAGAAGAUGAUAGAACUUUGGUAAUCAAUGAUGCACGAGCUGAUGACUCAGGAAUGUAUAAGUGCCAGGUUCAAAAUGAAUUUGGCAUUGCUGACAGCACCACCUUCAUCACUAUAAAAGGAAUUUAUGUACAUCCGACCUGCACCGACAAUCCUUUCUUUGCAAACUGUAAGUUAAUAGUUCGUGCAAAAUAUUGCACAAAUAAAUACUAUGCCAGAUUUUGUUGCCGCUCAUGUACCUUGGCUGGGCAGCUACCCUCUCAAGGCCCCCAUCUGCCAGGUUCCUCAAGGAGUAGUAAGAGAAGGAAGUAAAUAAUAAAACCAUAGUUUUUCAGAUAAUAAGGUUAGGUUAGGUAUGUUGACUACCUUGAGUGCCCAGGAUUUAUUUCAACAAAAAUAUGAUAUUCAAAUUUGGAAGUUACAUGAGCCGAGUGAUGGUUAUUAGCAAGUCCUUGGUGAGUGAUGUAGUGUGUUCAUUUUUUGUGUUUACAUAAAUAAAGUUCAUUCAUGAAGGUUGAAUGUAGAGUUAUCAUUAAUUAGGUAAAUUUCAUACAGUUUAACAUGGUGAUAAGUUUUCUAUGAUAGAUAAAACGAGAGAUGAAAUUUAUUAACAAUAAAAUCUGUUAAAUGAAUCUUAUUAGAUGUCUUUUCUCUUAAACUUUAGUCUUUAUCUCUUGUACUUUUUUCAUUUUUUCUUAUUUUAUGUAGUUUUGCGUAACAUUCAUAAUCUAAUAAUUAAGAUGUACAAUGUUGACAUAAUUAUUGUAAAAAGUAGUUGGCACUUUACAUAAAUGAUUAUUAAUGUAAUAUUAAACUACCUUAUCUAGGACUCCAGUUGUAACAAAGUUAGGUAUUUAAAAAAUACAAAGAAAUAACUAAGAUUUAUAACCUCUGCUCUGACCCUUCACUUGCUCUUGGGAAAUAACCAGAUUUCCAUGUGUAACAAGAAGGCAAGAGAUAAGAAUGUGAACUCAUAGUGACAACUGUGGCUAUGUAGUCCUCAGGCUUGUACAUAAUGCACAGAAUUUAUAAUUUUAUGUGACUAAAACAACAUGUUGGAUGUGAAAUUCUGUUUACUUUCCAAUACACUAAGAAUUUUUUAUUAAUUUAGUUUUUUAUAUAAUUUUUUUUAAGGUUUAGUUUUUUAUACAGUAGUGUCCAUGAAUUAUUAUUAUUUUUUUUUUUUACACUCAAUUAAGUCUGGUCCAAGAUCUGGGAUAUCACUUGAUAUAGCACAGAGUAACAUAAUAUUUAGCUCAUAAUAAAGUUAGCUUUCAUUAAAUUUGAUUAACAACCUGUAUUGUAGAAUGUGAAUGGUGGUUUAUUAUAUUUUAAUUGAGAAUUGAAGGAGCCCAAUUUCAACCAACUUAUGUUUAAAAUUUUUUGAUGGUUAAUUACUCAGCUUUGGUGGUAAGAUCAAGUGACACUUAGGACUUUGAGACCUAACUGCUGUGUUUUUUAUGGCCUGGAAAAGAGGGUAUUAUUAGAUACAUAAAAAAACUGCAAUGACUCGUUGAAAAAAUAAAGAACUUUUAGACGUCUCUGUUUUGACAUGCAGUCAUUAUUAGUUUUGAAUAUUUAAACCCUGUCAUGAUGAAACAUUUCUUCAUCAUGCCAUGUAGAGAAGCAAUAAUAAUUUAUUAAUAAUUAUAUGGUUGUUAAUUACCUUCAAUCAUAUGACUGUGGUAGGUCUUAUUCAGUAAUGCCCUCUUGUCUGGUGCCAUAGGUCCUGCAGGAAUUAUUUUGGUGUACUUGUGAUGCCUUUCUGUGAUUCCAGUUGAAGAUCACAUACAUAUACUAGGUAAAGCAAAAUGUGUAAUCCAAUAAGCUUUGCUCAGUCAAUAUUUUGGCACUGAAAGUCAAAAUAAGAGUUAUGAUAGUCAUGGAGAUUCUCAAACGUUUAUCCUCGCGAUGAAGCGCACAUCACUGCCACAGUGUUGUCAGUAUUUUAUAGGUUUCCUAGAUCCAGGUAGUCCUUUGGUGCUCAUUUACUUGGUAUAUCUUAAUAUAUAAAUAUAUAUAACACUGACCAAAAAAAACAAUUUUUAAAUCAUUGUGCCAAAAUGAUGUGAAUUCAAAGAAACUUUUAAAUGAAAUUGUAAAUAUGUGACAGUAAAAGUUACAUGUCUA